GCACACAGAAUGCCAGUCACGGAGUGGGAGUUUGGUACUUAGGGCCAGCUCGGGGAAAUCCCAGGUGAGGUUUUCCUAGCUCUUGGCCAGACUUCCCGUUGGAGCCUCGAAGGCAAUUGGCAAGAUCAGUGUCACUUUAAGAUCAGUGUCUCUGAUAUUCUCAUCUCCCUCUCUCCCAAUCUCCCUUCUCGGACUCACAGAAUUCGUACGUUUAUGCUCUGGGUUGUGUGGGAGAGAAGGCCUUCUCUAGCAGUGUCCUGCACAAAUUGGGCACCACGACCAAAAGGGAUUGGAUCUGGUUCACAGGAUCCUGCUGGUUCCACUGGGGUCUAUCUGCCUAUUAUCCAGUUCACAGAUUAUCUGCCUUCAAAAAAGCAUUCUACUAAAGUUAAACGAAAUAGAGCCUUUUCCUUCAUCAUCACAUGUUUCAUACUUAUAUUGAAUGGAAUAAUUAUAUACGUUGUAGUAACUAGAAGAAAACCCCAUCAAAUACCGCCAGAGUGCCUUGAAGCUGCAUGCCCAGAAAACUGGAUUGGUUUCCAAAGAAAGUGUUUCUAUUUUUCUGAUGACAUCAAAAAUUGGACAUUCAGCCAGAGGUUUUGUGUCUCACACGGUGCUGAUCUUGUUCAGAUUGAAACUGUCCAGGAACUGGGUUUCCUGUUGCGGUAUAAAGGCCCCUCUGACCACUGGAUUGGGCUCAGCAGAGAAGAAGGCCAACCAUGGAAAUGGGUAAAUGGCACUGAAUGGACCAGCUGUUUUCCUAUCAGAGGAGGAGGAGAGUGUGCCUAUUUGAAUGACAACGGUGCCAGUAGUGCCAGGCACUAUACGGAGAGAAAGUGGAUCUGUGCCAAAGAGGACACAUACUCCAAGAUCAGGAGGCAAAAUGCAACGUAACUCUCCCCUUGUGAAUUGCACUCCUUCCCGAAUGUGUCUCAGCUCUGACAGUGUGGAGCCUGCUGCGGAUUCUCUCUCUUGCUCCCCAUCAAGAACCCCCCCCAAGACUGCCACAUAUAAUUGCUUUGUAUCCAGGUGCUGUUUUGUUAAUCAACUUGGUAACUUUUCCCCAAAAAGCUUUCCUUCUAGAAUCCUCAUUGAGAGAAUAAAAGCGGUUUCCUUUGUACAUAA